GUGGCUUUGGUGUAACUAUUUCAGAAAUUCCGUUUCAACUAAGGUUUGAUUUUGUCACCAAGAAGUUUCCAGGAGGAUGAUACCCAGGAAUUUGUGAGCUUGAUGAGUUUCAGUAUACACUGGAUUAAGGAAAGGUGAAAACAGUAGUGGAGGCCAUGAGACUAGGGAGAUCCCAAAGACUGGAGAAAGGCAAAUUUUAUGCUCAUCUUGAAAAAGGGCAAGAGGGACUAGCAGGACAACUACAGGCCUUGCUGCUUCCAUCUGGAAAGAUCGUGGAGGAGGCCUUUUGUAGGCAUAAGGAGGAGCAGGUGGAGACUAAGGCUAGCCAUCUCAAGAUCUGCCAAGGAUAAGUCAUGCCUGACUACCUGGCUUGUCCCCUGUGGCAAAAUAGCUAGAUCUGAAGGUGAAGGAAGUGUUGGAUGCCAUCUGCCAGGGGCUUAAGGGGACCUAAUGGAAGCCUUUAUAAACCUAAGGAGAUUUUUGAAAAGAUAGAGCUAGUCUUUGUAGUCAGAUCCUUUGAGGGGGAAUGAGAGACAGCACAAGUUAAAACUUCCAAUUCCAAACAAGGAAAUGGGGUAGUGAGGCACUGGGACAGGUUGCCCGUAAGGUUUUUCACAUUCCUGUAUUUGGAGGUUUUCAGGAUCCAACUGGAAACGUCCUGGGCAAAUUGGUCUGAAUUCAGUGUUUACUUCACUUUGAACAGGAGCUUGCACAGGGUGACCGUGUGACAUCCCUUCCACACUAAAUGAUUCUGUGAUUCGUAAAUAAUUCACUGUUUCUGAGGAGAAAACGGCAUAUGGUGUAAUCUUAGACAUUUUGGAUAAAUGGACUACAGUGAUAUUGAUUGAAAUAUUAAUUUAGAAGUAUAUUAUAAAAUAUGGUGUGGAAUAGAAUGUAAAAUUAAGGAUACCAGUACUAGUAACUACAUAGCAGGAAAUUUUACUCUAGUCUUAGAAGAUUCUUUGAAGAAGAUAACAGAUAAAUGAGAACUGAUUAAUACAGUUUUCCAGACUACUGAAGUGUGUGAGUUUUGAAAUGUCCCUUGUGGAAGGUAACUGAGAAAUUAUGCUGUCAUGAAUCAAGUCCUGAUUAAGAUACAAAAGCAAAAACUGGAAACAGAAGUUUGUUUUUUCCUGCUUUUAAGAUUUUCCUUGAUCUACUUUCUUAAGAUUUACAUUACAUCUGGAAGUGAUCUGGAAGAGGUAUUAUUGGUAAAUAAGCAAAAUCUGCCACUGUCACUGAUUAGUCAGGAAGAGAGUAAGUUCUGAGGAACAGAAGAAUCUAAAGGGGAGGGAGAAAGUGAAAUGAUGUUAUCAUGAUAAAUUAAUUAUUGAUAAACACAGUGAAGUGAGUGUGUUGGCAGGAAUUAUGUGCUGUUGUUUCAUGUGACUAGGUUUUAAGUUUACUGCUACAUAUGUUGAAGGUAGCUGAAAAGGAUAUGUGAGCGGAAGUCCUUUUAAUCAUCAGUGUCAGUGAAAAAUAAAAAUAUUUCCCAGUUUAUAAAAGAAUGGGUUUGAUAAUAACGUUGCAAUAUAAACUGAAGGUGUGUGCUUUCUUGGAAAAAUAUCUUCAGUAGUACACUUGUCUCAGAAAAUAAUAGAAACAGGAGUUCAGAAACAGAUGGAUAAAAAUACGACCAUAUCUGAAAAUGUAAUGGAAGUAGAUCCCUUUAACUGCAAGUUAUAAUGAAUAAAAUAAUAGAUAUGUAGGUAUGCAACAUAGUAGAUGGCAAAUAAAUAAAAAAAAGAGGGCUCUUUUUUCCUUAAGAUCCUAGAAAUCUAAUAAGUCUAUUAAAUUGGAGGACCAUAUAUUCUGUAUAGUACUCCAUUAAACUUGUAUGUAUUUGGCAGAAGAACAAAGUAUGCUCAAGAAAUGAGAGAAUCCAAAAAUUCUUGGAUGUUUUAAAAAUAACAACCUACUAAUUAGCAUUAUUUUUCCCCACAGGGAUUUAAAACACUUCGAAUAGUACAUGUUGGGAGGCUACUCCAUGAUUGUUGGUUGUAGGAUUCUUAAUAUAAUCUCCGAUACUUCAGGGAGUUUUGUUGCCUUAUGUUUGGUCUUGUGUAUCCAUCAUCAAACAGUUCUUAUAUAAUAGUGAAGAAGUACCAAACAGAGACCUAAGCUGAGAAAGGUACUUUUAGGGCUAGGCUGAUGGCUGAAUGCUGAGUUGCAAGAAGGGUGCACUUGCUUUGAGCAAAACCAGUUCUGCUCUGGGGUUUUUUUUAGCACAGUCAUCUAAUUUCACAGCUGAGUUAUCAAACUGCUAAGGAAAAGACAGUGCUAUACUUUUUUUUCCUAAACAGCAUUUGAAUUAUUUCUUGUACAAAGAUUCCCCUUCAAGAAGAAAGUCAAGGUCUGUCUUGCAGAACAGCCUAUGGCAUCAUUGUUAGAACACUGCUGUCCUUAUCUCAAGGCUAUCACAUUGCUGUAUGCUGCUUCCACUGCCAGAGGAGCAGUUUAUGAAUGAAAACAUGAAUGAAUGUAGUUGGAUCUUAGGUUUAUAAGUGUCAAACCACUGUUUUAUACUUAAAAACUGUUUGAUCUGUAAACAUCUGGAAAGGGCUACUACCAGAAGCAAUAAUUUGCCUUUUGGACCAGGUCAGUUACUGGUGUUAGUCUGUUUGGCAGUUGUGUUGUUAUGGUCCAGUAAGGAGAGCAUAAUUAUCAAUUUACUUUUUCAGGUGAUUCUUUUUUUAAGACAGCUAUUGAUGUGUUCAUCUUCCCAUUGAAUAGACUUCCUCUAAGUCACAAAUAGAUUUUUUUUUUUUAAUUUGAAAAUACAUGCCUAAGCUGAGCAUACUUGAACUGUUUAAUAAACCCAGUUCCUUCCCUUCUCUUGAGAAAUUUCUUGUGAUAUUAGUUGUAACUGAAGUAGCCUAUGACAUUAAAACUUAUCCUCGAGAAUAAAGAAAGAAUUGCUGGAAUUUCAUAGCAAAUAAAAGAAUAAAUACAGAGAACCCUCUUGAAAUUUGGGGUUUAACAGUUCCUUUCAAUAUAUGUCUUUAAAAAACUAGAGCUAGAAAGAAAUCUUCAACUAGAUGAAAAUUGAAUUAGUGUGUUUAUACUUGUUCUCUAAAUAUUACAGGCAUCCUGAAUUGGCUGCUAAUGACUGUUUGGCUACCUGUCCUUCCUGUAGACAAGUGUGUAUUCCUAGUAGAAGCCUCAGAGAAGAACUGAAAGUAUUGUUUUUUAGCAGGGAAUUCUACAAAAUUUUUGAAAUUAGUGUUUUGAUUCUACUUUCAUUCAACAGAGGGUUUAGCAGAGUCCUGGUAUAAGAGUAUGUGACACUGACUCUUGUAAAAGGCAUAUUCACAGAACAAAGAAAUGGAGGAGAUAACCUACCCACAGAUCUUGAGAGCAGCUUGAGCAUCUGUUAGAGACACCACUAUGGCUGCUACAGUGAACUUGGAGCUUGAUCCCAUUUUUCUGAAAGCCCUGGGCUUCUUGCAUUCAAAGAGUAAGGACUCUGCAGAAAAGCUGAAAGCACUUCUUGAUGAGUCUUUGGCCAGAGGAACUGAGUCAAGCUAUCGUCCAUCUCAGAAGGAAGCCGAGCAACCAAAAGUAUCUGUUACCAAACCUAUUAAGCAAGAGCCUAAAACUUCUUCUAGUUUGCCCUCCGGCAACAACAAUGGCAAGCCCACUGCAUCAGAAAAGGUGAAAAAAGAAACAGAAAAGAGAUCUGCUGAUAAAACAAAAGGGGAUACUGCUGAAGGAACUGAUGCACCAAAGAAGCCCAAAGUAGAGAAGCAAGAGGCUCGUUCCUCUCCUAUUACAGUUCAGACGAGCAAGGAUUUAUCCAUGCCUGAUUUAUCUAGCUUUGAGGAAACCAGUGCUGAUGACUUUGCUAUGGAAAUGGGAUUGGCCUGUGUUGUUUGCAGGCAAAUGACAGUUACUUUUGUGAAUCAGCUAGUGGAGUGUCAGGAGUGCCAUAAUCUCUACCACCAGGAUUGCCAUAAACCUCAGGUGACAGACAAGGAAGUGAAUGAUCCUCGACUUGUAUGGUAUUGUGCCCGCUGUACCAGGCAGAUGAAGAGAAUGGCUCAGAAGACACAAAAGCCACCUCAAAAAACAGCUCCUGCAGUGGUUUCAGUUGCACCAGCUUUGAAGGACCCAUUGGUCAAGAAGCCAGAAAUUAAGUUAAAACCUGAGACCCCACCAGCUUUUCUAGCAUUCAAGAGAACAGAAGUCAAGACCUCAGCAACAGUUUCGGGGAACUCUGCCAGUACAAGUGUUUCCUCUUCAGCAACGAGUGGCCUUACAGGAUGGGCUGCUUUUGCAGCCAAAACCUCCUCUGCCAAUCCAUCCACUGCCAAACUGGGAUCAACAGCACAGAGUGCCAGUGGGAAACCGGCAGCUUCUUCAAAUAACCAGAAACCUGUGGGUUUGUCAGGGUUGGCAACCUCAAAAACAGGACUAGGGUCAAAAAUAGCUUCUGCCAACAACAGCACAAACCCUGUUCAGCUGAAACCUCCUCCACCUCUGACACUGGGGAAAACCACCCUGAGCCGCUCAGUGAGCAGCGACAACGUCAGCAAAGUGGGUCUCCCGAGUCCCAGCAGUGCCGCGCCGAGCACCAGCAGCCAGGGGAGCAGCGGGAAUGGCAACAGCGGGAAUUCAGGGAACAGCGGGGGCAGCACGAGCAAAACCACCGCGGAUACUGGUAAUCAGUCAGCCUCCCUAAAGGGCCCAACUUCUCAGGAAUCUCAGCUCAAUGCUAUGAAAAGGUUACAGAUGGUCAAGAAAAAGGCUGCUCAAAAGAAACUCAAGAAGUAGUACGUCUGCUUGCGAAUUUUGUUGGUUAUGUUCUGUGAAACAGCAGCAUUGGUGUUUUUGUUAAAGGAAAUCCCCCAGUUACUGGACUGAAAUGGAGGUUAAAUCAGGGAAGCCCAAAACUCAUGUUAUACAGGAGGUCAAACUUCAAUAAUUCUGAUAUUCCUUCUGCCUUGUAAAUCUGUGAACUGAGUAUGUUGGAGGAAUUCACUGUUAUAUGCUCCUGUUUCUGUAGCUCAAAGCCCUGAAACUUAAAAUUGUAAAAGUUGGGUAUUUUUAAAUAUUAAAGCCCCCACAUUUAUGGGGACACUUAAUAAAAUGAACUUUCUGAAACCAUCAUUCUUAAAUGUUAAUAAUAAAAGGAUUAUUAAUCUGGGAA